GAGUCAGGUUUUAUUGUGGGUUAUGGCAGUGGCUCAUAACGGCUCCAACUGUACGUUUCAACAUCGCCUUCACCCUAUUUUACUUAAAGGACUGGACGUAACACGUGCUUAACACAAUCCACAUCGCGGUACAUGCUUCACUUUCGUUCGGUAAAGGUACAGGAUGAUGAGCGACCGGCAAAAUUCAUUGCCGGUCACCGACGGAUUUGUUGCAUGCUCUACAUCUAUUAGGUAUCCGUUUACUAUUCCCCAAUAUCAACAUCAACAAACCAUAGGACGAAUUCAAUCCAAUACAGGACUACUGCGAUCAGCUGAAAUUGGUUGUUAUUUUGGUUACCAAGGGCAACCCGAAUAGCCAGCCUACUACACCUACGAGCGUGAGUAUGAGUCAGCAACAUCAGAAAAGUCGAUCACCCUUCGCCACCAUCGCAGUAUAGUGAUUUCUACCGUAUCACCCCAAGCCCCAAAACAGGACAUGCAUUGCUGGGGAACAUGAACGACAUGAACUAGGAAUGUACGCAUUCGUAGUCCGAAGGCGAAACCUAGCACACCGUUGUUGGCCACGAGUGUUUACGGGCGGUACAUAGUUUCCUUCACCUAGUCCGUCAGGAAGGAAGAUUUUGUUGGAAGUCGUCGAUUUGAAUGGGAGAAUUUUGAAUAAAAAUGAAGUGAAUCGUCGCGUAUUUUACACCAAAAAUGGAUACAUUAAGUACAAUUAUCGUGCAAUACAGUUAAGGUGGGAUCUGCACAAGUAACGAAAGAAUACACAACCAAAAUUGCGUAAAAAUAUGGGUCACGCGGAACUGAAUCAUAGCUCAACGAAGCAACCUAGCAAUAGUUAUUCCACAUGGACCUGGAAUCGCAUUUCGAUGGUCCGAAUACGGACCAACCUGUUCCUGCUGCUGAUCGGGAUAGCCUCCUUUUCGGUUCUAAAUCACACCGAAGCCGGAUUUGCCUGUCUCAGCAACCCGUGCAUCUACGGAGUGUGCACCGAUGAUUUGAAUAGUACGUAUUCAUGCUACUGCAUCGAUGGCUACACCGGAAUACAGUGCCAAACCAACUGGGACGAGUGUUGGUCGAACCCCUGCCGAAACGGGGGCACGUGUAUCGAUGGGAUUGCAUCGUACAACUGCACGUGCCGCGAUGGAUUCGUAGGUCUCAACUGCGAGGAGAACUUCAACGAGUGUCUCUCAAAUCCGUGCCAAAACGGAGGAAGUUGCUACGACCAGGACAAUGCGUUCGUCUGCAGCUGUGCACCUGGUUACAUCGGGCUGUUCUGCGAAACGGACGUGGCCGUGUGCGAGACGGGCGAUCGAUGCCACAACGGCGGCGAAUGUAUCGAAGGAGCAGGUCUGGAUUUUACCUGCCAGUGUAUCGAAGGCUACGGCGGCAAGUUCUGCGACCAGGAAACCGACGAGUGCGAAUCGUCUCCAUGUCAGAACGGUGGAAUCUGUAUCGACAAGUUCGCUAGUUAUAUCUGUGCGUGUGCCAGGGGAUUCAGCGGGGUUAACUGUGAAGAGGAGAUCAUGUACUGUGAGAGUUCUCCGUGUGCCAAUCAGGCUUUGUGUUUGGUGGAAGAGAGCGAACCAAUCUGCUACUGUGUGCCGGACUUCCAUGGUGAACGCUGUGAGUUCCAAUACGACGAGUGUCAGCUUGGGCCGUACCCCAAGUGCGUCAACGGAGGAACCUGUAUAGAUGGGGUAGACGAAUAUUCUUGCUCGUGUCCACCGUCUUUUACGGGUACGAACUGCGAGUGUUUGGUAUUGGAGGAUUCAGAAGUGGAUUGUAACUAUACGGCGCCAGAGAUUACCACAUUGGAGUAUGCUACGACAACUGCUUGGUUCGACUCUACCUUCAGUACUGGAUAUUCUUUCAGUGGAGAUAUGGGUUCUGAUCUGCCACCUGGAACUUGGCGCCCAACUAGUGGGACAUGGCGCCCAACAAGUGGAACUGGGCGUCCAACAACUGGACCUUGGCACCCUACAAGUUCAACGGGAUCAGCUGGUACGACUCUGUAUUUGUCGAACGUAUCUGUAACAACGCUUCAACCAGAUUUGGUGACCUCUCCUUACACAAGUUCAGAUGGACUACCUAUUUCUAUUGGAUCUACGAGUUUAGAAACAGUGACCAAAAUGGAAGACAGUAGCAAACGCACAACGGUUUAUCCAUAUUCAACUCGUGUUACCUCCGAUGGUGAAGUCACAGAAAGAGAAUUUUCUGUCAGCCCAGAGAUGCGAACUAUCCCAGGUCAGGAAUCAGAAGCAUUCACAACACCAAAAAUACAAGUAGACGGUAGUACAUCCGAUCAAAGGCUCCCCACAACCCUCUCAGUCGAAGAUCAAAAAACAUCUGGAGCACCUGGUGAAGGAGAUUCAGUUACAUCAGACAUCAGAAAUGGUUCUACAACACGCAGUGAAGACGUAGAUAUAGUUACUAAACCGAGGGAUACCACUCUUCAAGGAGCAUCCACAAUACCAGUAGACUACACUGAUUCAGUUGACAAAACCACUGAAAGUAUACCGUCGGGUGUUACUAUGCGACCAAUUGAAGAGCCUAAAACAUCUUCGCCUACGGAUACUGACAUAGAAAAACCAUCUUCCACAGCACCAACUGAUGUUCCUUCGGUAGACGUCACGAUAACUCCGUUCUUCACGGAGUCACCAGGGAACGUUUCUACGGCUGUUCCAUCAGUUGAACAACCAACCCAGUUUAUUUCUUCCUCGACAUCUUCGUACGAUACAGCGUCCUACUUUCCAUCAAGUCCCACUGAUAUUCCGUCUUCCUCUUCCAAAACCACAACUACGACCACCGUACCUCCCAGACCUACCGACACCGUGAUCACCGAAUGUGACGACAAAGUUUGUGCCAACGGUGGUACCUGUGCGAUGACUCCCAGUGGAAUCCGCUGCCACUGUGACUUCCGCUACAUCGGAACGUACUGCGACAUCCCCGUGAGCAUUCAGAACGCCGCAUUCUCGCGGGACUCAUUCCUGCGGCACAUCAUCUACCGACGGAACGAGACCGAAUUCCAGAACAUGACCGCCGGCCAGCUGCUACCGAUCAGUGUACGGUUCAAGGCGAAAAUGACCUCCCGGGAAGGGUUGAUCAUGCUUGCGGCAGCCGAAGGAAACGAUGGCAGUCACUACGUGGCACUUUUCCUGCACAAGGGGUUGCUACAGUUUCAGUUCUCGUGUGGACUUCAGACGAUGCUGUUGAGUGAAAUCGAAGGCCCGGUUAACAAUGGCUACGAGCUGCACAUCAAAGUGGGGUUGAACUUCAAUGAUCGCCUAACGCACUGCAAUGCAUCGCUACACGUUAACGAAACGCUGGCCAUGAGUGGUGAACAACCCACGUGGCUCAGGAACACGGAUCCUUAUGAAGAUCCCACAGGUACAACCAUGGUCCCGAUCAAGCAUAGUUGGUUGCACCUUGGUGGACGACCUAUCAAAACCAUGUACACGCUGAGUCACAACAUCUCGCGCUAUCAGGGAUUCACCGGUUGCGUCUACGAGUUGGAAAUCAAUUGUAAGCCGGUCGCAGUUUUUGAGAACGCCGAGGAUGCCUUCAAAAUCUACGAGUGUACUUCACUGGCGUGUCUGUCCAGCCCUUGCCGAAAUGGAGCAAUCUGCGUCGAAGAGGAAGGUUACAACCAGGAAAGUCGCUACAAGCCCAACAGCCAGGCCAGUUGGAGCUGCAAGUGUGCCUUCGGCUAUAUGGGGCGGACCUGUGAACGGUCCAUCUGCGACAACAAUCCCUGCAAGCACGGAGGAACAUGCGUAACGUUCCCGGAGAGUGGUUACCUGUGCCUGUGUCCGUACGGAAAGCAUGGGCACCUGUGCGAACAUGAUCUGGACAUUCUGCAGCCGUCGUUCUUCGGGAGCAUCAAGGGCCUAUCGUCGUACGUGGCAUAUCCACUGUCGUUCCCGUUGGAAGAUCGCUUCGAGUUCAGUUUCAAAAUCAUCCCGACGACGGUAUCGCAAAUAUCGCUGCUGGCAUUCGUUGGGCAGUUGGAUGAUCAUUCCGAGAAGAGUGAUCAUUUCUCGGUUAGCUUCAUUCAAGGGUUCAUCCUAGUGACGUGGAACCUGGGCAGUGGCCCUCGACGGAUCUUCACCCAACAGCCGGUGCACGUUCAACCCUCGCGACCUACCACCAUCAAUGUUGGCCGAAAUGGACGUCUGGCGUGGCUAUCGAUCGACGGCCGGGUCAACAUAUCCGGAAAUUCCCCAGGCAGCAGUAGCAAACUGAAUGUCGCUCCGUAUCUGUUCAUCGGCGGCCACGAGCAGGCAAACUUUUCAAACCUUCCACACGAUCUACCGCUGCACUCAGGAUUUCAAGGAUGUCUGUUUGAUAUCCAUAUCGUUGCCGGACCGGUUCAUAUUCCAUUGCAGCAUAUCGGAGGAAUGCGAGGACGAAGCGUUGGACAGUGCGGGACCAAAGAAUGUCACCGGCAUGCGUGUCAGAACAACGGAGCCUGUCUUCAGCAUGGAUCUACGUUCACGUGCAUCUGCCAGGAAGAUUGGAAUGGUCUACUGUGUUCACAAAAAACCAAUCCCUGUGAUGAGAGUAACAAAUGUUCCGUGGAUUCGAGUUGCUUUCCGUUGAUCUCCGGCUACGAGUGCGAUUGUCCAUUUGGAAAGAUCGGGAAACGUUGUGAAGCGAAUCUCAAAUAUCUCAGCGAUGUCUCCUUUUCGGGAAGGAGAUCCUAUCUGGCCCUGAAGUGGCCUGCAGUCAACAGCGAUUACUCCUACCUAGAGAACGAAGUUCGGUAUGAGAAGAUAGUUCAACCGUCGAGUUUGAUGUCCCAGAAUCAUUCGAUUCUGUUGAAGUCCAUCCGAGAACUGGACAAAAUCAACGACGUUCUGAAGGUCAAUGCCAACGACACGGCGAACAGUCUGCUCUACAGUCACGUCUUGACGACUCGAUCGCAGAACUAUCAUCAGCUGAAGAUUCGUUACCUCUCGAUUGAACUGCAGGUACGACCUCUUUCGGAAAAGGGAUUGCUGAUGUUCGUCAGGACGUACGAUUCCAACGAACAGAAACAGGGAUUCAUCAGUCUGAGUCUACAAGGAGGAGUGAUCGAGUACCGCGUAUCUUCCGCUCAGAUGCAGACUUCAGUCGUUCGAAGUAAUCACGUUUUGGCAAUCGGAGAGUGGCAUAACAUCAAGAUCAUCAAAUAUGGUAAGCGACUAACUCUUUGGGUAGAAGGCAAAAGCACAUCGAUGCUUGGCUCAGUUCGUGAAGAGUUCAUAAACCCAAGUACGAGACUGUAUUUUGGAGGUUUACCGGAUAUAUCCCAGCUUCCUUUCGAUGCCCUCUCCGGAUUCCCUAUUCCUUUCAGAGGCUGCAUACGGAAUGUUAAUCUCAACGGUACUCGCAUCACCUUAAACGAAAGCAGUAUUGUAGAGUCGCGAAACGUUAACGACUGCGACGGUACACCAUGUGGAGGCGACCUUUGUACCAAAGGAGGCCUCUGUUGGUUGGACGAACACUCGCAACCGCAUUGCAAAUGUCCUGAGUAUUCCAAGGGAGUGAAUUGUGAAAUCCAGGAAUCAUGCGAGAUAGUGAAGUGUCGCAACAACGGUCAAUGUAUGAAGAAUGGUCACUGUAGUUGCGCAAUAGGAUGGACUGGAUACUACUGUGAAAUAGCCACCACAAAAUUCUCGGCCUUGGGAUUCAACGAUCGCAGCUACAUACUAAUACCUUCGCAAAAGAUCAAGAUGAAGGACAAACGAAACGGCGUAUCGAUCAACCUCAGCCCUCGCCUGGAACUCCAAAUUUCGUUCAACAUAUCCACCCUUGAAGAUGGAGUCAUCUUCUGGACCACCGAUAAGAGCUCCAGGUACUUCGGAGUUGGUGUUCAGAAUGGGUUCAUCACCAUCGCGAGCAACAUGAUACAGGAAGCGGAGAACUUGACAGCAGUUUCCAGUCCUUGGAAGGCUUACGUUGCCGAUGGAGACUGGCACAACAUUAGAAUUGAAACGGAAAACGGAACCGUACAGGUUCUGGUAAACGGUCAUCCUCUGUUCAGCGAGUUGAGAAUACGUUCGGACGCAACUGAUGCCGAACCGGGCUUGCGAUAUUCGUCCGAUGAGGCCUCGUAUUUGGGUGGAUUUCCGGACGAAGAUGUUCGCAAUCGAACGUUCGGGAAGUUUUCCAGUGCUUUUAACGGAUGCAUCCAGGACAUUUAUCUGGGGAACAACGUAGACGAAGUGGACUACACCUCCUACCAGGGGGCGAACAUUGACGAAUGCGAAGUAUAGCCGUUCGGAAGCCCAUACUAGUUGACUAAUAACGUAUCCCUCCAUAUUUGAGUAGAUGUUAGAAAUUUUCCGAUAGCAAAUUAUUCUAUACGUACGAGAAAUGAUGUUCUGUAACUAUAUAGUUUUACACGCACAAUGUGAGAAAACGAAACGGUGGAGUUCGAAAUUGUCCUACAUUUAUACAUAACCAAUACCAGCAUCGCAUUUCAUAAUUCGGAGUAUUAACCCAUUUCGGAACGUAAAUCAUAUAGGUCAACCUUAUUUGUACUAGUGUACGAGCAACGAAUCGUUUGUAAAAUAUAUGACGAAAUAUGUAAGUAGUUGAGAAUGUGAUCAGCGUUUUAUU